GUAGACAUGUCCAUUCUUAGAAUUUAACCAACUCCCUAUGCUGAAGCACCUAGCUUGCUGCAGCAUAUGAGAAUUGAUGAUAAUCCACUGAAUCUCUAAUCUGGCAUUACUCUGCUACCUCUACACUGAGUAACAAACCAUUUCAUGGUCGACUAUCUGCGGCUAUCCAACACGCAGAACUGGCUUCGCGCUCCUCAGCUAUACUUAGUAGUCUGGGAUAUGCUAUCAUGAACCACGCGGUUUGAGAUGACCUCCCAGAUUUUGCAGACAGAGCUAUCAAAUUUGAUACAUGAAUCAAAGAGGAAGAACUCUGAACUGCGCAAUGCAGCCGAGCAAUCUAUCAGUGACCUGAAGGCAUUGCCUUCGACAUCGGAAGCUCAAUUGACAGCUGAUCUGAUACGGAGACCAAACUUUGUUACCCCGUUCAUUCUUUCCUGUCACACUCGCAAUGCAAGGCUCGCGGCUAUUGGUGUCUCCUGUCUGCAACGGUUGGCGACGUCACGGGCAUUUCCUGCUGAGCGACUGAAAGACGUUCUAGCUGGGCUGCGGGAGACCACGAGUUUGAAUUUGGAUGUCCAGCUGAAGAUACUUCAGACGCUACCGUCUCUUUUGCACAGUUACUCUGAAGAAUUGAGCGGAGAGCUUCUUGCAGGCACAUUGGAAAUAUGUGCAAUUUUGCAAGCUAGCAAGACAGCUGCAGUCUCGAAUACUGCGGCUGCCACACUACAGCAGUUAGUAAUUUCGGCAUUUGAUAAGGUCGUGGAUGAAGAUAGGAAACCGCCUGGCUCAAUACCGACGGUAAUCGUCAGGGUCGAGGGAGAGCAAUUGACCAUAGGACUUGCUGCUUACGAUGCUUUACGAAUUCUGGACGAUCUCUGCCGUCUGGUGGAAGGGGAGAGAGCAGACUUUCUCCAGGUUAAAUCUCUUCCGGCGACUUUUGUUCUAGAGCUCAUUGAAGGUAUUUUGUCCAAUAGCGGCCGUCUCUUUCAUGCACAUCCAGAGCAGACACAAGUGCUGCGGAACCGUCUGAUGCCCUUGACCGUGAGGUGUUUCUCAGAGAGACAGUCUUUCGCUCAGACCGUUAGGGUUGCACGCAUUUUACUUAUUCUUCUGAAACGGCAUAUGGCUCUUUUGGUUGCUGAGUGUGAAAUGGCCCUGGGUCUCCUGAUUCAUCUUUGCGAACCUGAUGGAUCCGCACCUUGGAAGAGAGUCCUUUGCAUGGAGAUAUUUCGUGGAUUGCAUGCAGAACCGGGGAUUAUCCGUUCGAUCUACUUAUUAUACGACGCGAAUGAUAAGCGAAAGGAUAUCUUAAAAGAACAUAUGGCGUCAUUUGUUCGAUUGGCUUCUGAAAAGCCUUCGCUGAUAGGUGUCAGUCACCAGUCCACUAUUCCAUCUGGGAUCCAACACUCAAGAUCAAAGACAGAGGAUCAAAUCACUCUUGAAGCUGGUGGUGUGGCGGGAGUGAUUGGCACCGCGGUAAGUUCAGCGGAUGAGAAUGUUUCGGGAAUCAGCAACCAGUGGAGUAUCGUUCGCACUCCUUACAUUGAGCUUCUCGACAAGACGGAUGCGCCAUCCCCCCCGGAGACGUACAUUUACAGUCUUGUGCUUAACUGUAUUAGUUCCUUUUCUGAAGGCCUGGCAAAGUUCAUCCUUCCGUUAACCGUUCCCGACCUAAAGGGAAAGAAGAAGCGCCGUGGAUCUUUAUCAAAGAAGAGCUCCGUUCCAGUCAAUCCCUUGGAUCUAGAUGCACAUCCUCAGUUGGAAGCCAUCAAGGCCUGUGCGGGUAUCAUCGAUUCAUGUUGGCCUGCAGCCCUUGCGACCUGUUCAACCUUCCUGUAUGCGGCACUGGACCCAGAUUUCUAUCAUAAUCUAGUCCGGUCUUUCCAAAAGCUGACACAUGUCGCUGGGUUACUUCGGCAAUCCACCCCUCGGGAUGCUUUCCUCACAACACUCGCGAAAGCAGCCAUGCCUUCGGAUGCUGCCAGCUCGAAGGCUGCCGGGCCUUUCAGCAUAGCUGGGACCGAAUCAUAUGCUGGAGAAAGGAAAAAGUCCGUUAGUGAAUUUACAGAUGGUGCUUCUACUCCCGUUGCGACUCCUGGAGGCUCUUUGGACACUACUGCUGUAUCUCUAAGCACUCGAAAUCUCUUGUGUUUGCGGGCCCUGCUGAACCUGGGGAUUGCUCUAGGACCAACGCUGGAUCGGGCAGCGUGGUCUAUUGUCCUUGAGACCCUUCAACGGGCAGACCUGGUCAUGAGCGUGUCUGCUGUAGUUGCCACAAAACAAGCUGCAGCUGCAAACAACAAUGACGAAAACGCCGCUAGUUCUGGAACUGACGUCCCAAAGGCCAAUUUUGGAGCGGAAAUUAUCGCCGUGCAAACGGCAGCUGCAAAGCUGUUUGAAAGUACGGGAGACUACCCGGACAAUUCAUUUGAGGAUAUGCUUACUGCUCUCCUUAAGCUCUCUAAUGACAGCGAGGACGGCAUUCCUGACACGGGACCGGGCAAACCAUCUCCUUCUCCCCAGUCUCCAUCUCCUGCUCGGCGUACGGGACGGAUCCAUCAGAGCACACGCAGUAUCUCAAUGACCUUCGGAAAAGCCAAAGUACAGGAAGACGAACUGAGAUUCGUCCUGGAGAAGGUGGAAGAGCUGACUGUGGCAAACCUGGCUCGCCUUUCCUCCCCCGAUGGAGAUAAAGGCGGACGUUCUUGGUGUAUUUUGACUGAUUACCUUAAGUUGGUCCUCGUGAACGGGGAUAUCAACCUUGCUUUAAGGUUGAGGGCGAGUAGGGUACUCAACAAUGUUAUCUUCCAGACAAUGAAACCCGAAAAUCAAGAUGAUAUCUCUCUGAGGAAUCAGAUACAACUGAGAAAUCUGGAAGCCCUCAAAUCACAAGUGACUUCCCUCUAUGCAUGGAGAACACGCCUUCCAGGCUCUUCUCAAGCUGCCGAUAUAGACGUCCAUGAGCAGGCUCUGGAGACAUUGAAGUCUAUUCUCGAACAGUAUGGGGAGAGUUUUGUUGUCGGAUGGGAUCUUGUCUUUGACCUGAUAUCGAGUGUCUUCGAUAAGCCAGACCUUCCCGAAAACGAUGGAGAAAGCACACCGAACAAAGGGAAGUCCCAACCAUUGAAGACAAAAUCGCCGCGGCUAGUCCGCACUGCGUAUAAGUCGCUUCAGCUUGUCGCUUCGGAUUUUCUGUCUCUUCUGCCGGCAUCGUGCUUCUUGGAGCUUGUCGAAUCGUUUUCGAAGUUUGCAUCCCAAGAUGAAGAUUUCAAUAUUUCACUCACCACGACCUCCUUCUUCUGGAAUGUUUCCGACUUCUUACAGGGCCAAAUUGAGCAGUUCUCAAUUGAAACACACGUUGACUCCUCCGCUAGUGAUGAGACUCUCACGAAACUAGCCAAGGAUAGUGAUACGCUUGUUUCUCGAAAUUCGCUAUGGCUCCUGCUACUGUUACGGAUCGUCGACCUGGCAACCGACUCUAGGUUAGAAAUCCGGAAUAGUGCUAUUCGUACGCUUCUGCGGAUAUUCGACGCGUACGGACAACAGCUUUCUCCUAGGGCUUGGCACCUAUGUCUGAAUAGAGUGCUUUUUGUGAUGUUCGAAGAUAUUGAAUCAAAGAUGUUGGAAGUGACCAAUGCGUCUAGUCCGGCCCACUCUGAGGAAAGCCAGUGGAUGGAAACAGCUGUGGUCAUGGUGAAAGGGUCUUCCAAUUUGAUUGCUGGGUUUUUCGAUACAGUCGUGAAAGAUGAUCAUUUUGAUCAGUCGUGGGAACGACUGGUUCAACAUUUCGGAGUUUUGCUCAAAGUUAAAUUACUGGAGCUGAGUGAAGCAAUCUUCUCGGGUGUUUCGGAAAUCCUCGCCCGUGCCCAGGAUUCUGAGACGCUUAGCAAGGGAGCUGUCGAACGCGCAUGGGAUCUUUGGGUUGUCGGUCACCCUGCUCCUGACGGGGACCCGUUAGACCUGGAUAACCCCAAUCAAGACGCCCUGCUAGCAUAUCUACGGUCAUUCCAGCAGAUAUAUCGCCUCUUCAAGGAUGAGCUGUCCGAUGAGCGCAUUGAGCAGGUCCUCAAGAAUUUGCGAGCCAGUGUUUGGAAUUCAGUAUGCUCACGAUAUUCGGUGGACACGGACCAUCAGUCGACACUCCAGGCUCACGUCAUAGAUUGUCUCAAAGUGGUAUGUGUGGAAAAGGAGAGCUCUCAACCAGCUGUCGUUCAAUACCUUGCGGAGUUUGCCGAUUCUGCCCUGUCUCAAUGGUCGCCAGACAGAGACAAGAGUAGACCGAGCUUCGUCGCGUUUUCGAAGAACGCUAUAGAACUCCUUAGCUGGUAUAUCGCAGACUUUGGGAUCAAGAGGGACAUAUUCACGAAUGGUUCUUUGAGCACCGCACUGGAGCACUUGGCACACCAGAUAGCCCGGAAGUAUGAAUGGCAGGGCAAAGAUCGCGAACCCACACUGUGGCAGAAAUCAACAACCGCCGCAUUGAAUAUCUUGCAAGUUGCCGUACCAUACGUUGAGAAGCAAUAUGAAUCUGCCGACCCUCUUCAAGUCGCACGAUUCUGGGGAUGCGUGGUAAAUAUUGCUCAGGGGAUUGUGUCCGGUGGAAUCGAGAUGGGGCCUGAUUUGACCAUUGAGAGAAUCCUUUCCGACGAAGCCUUUGAUAUCAGUGCCUUCAACCGUCUAAUAUCCCUCGUGAUCCCAUCUCUCGGAGCCUCCAUUAUUCCGGACGAGCACCGUCGAGAUUUCGUACGGGCAAUUUUCCGCUCGUCGCUCAUUUAUCCCCCACAGCGGCUCGAUCUCCCUCGAGGAUCCGCGCUGGACGAACCGCUGCGCGAUCUAUACAAGGUCCGUCCUGGACGUACAUUUGACGCGGCACCUACACACCGCUCGAAAAUAGCCUAUGUACUCAUAGACACGCUCUUUGACCUCGCAUCUGCCUGCCACGUGCAAGACGACGACAACCACACGGCCCAGGAGGCCGAUCCUCGUCGCGUCUCCAUCGCACGCUCCAUCUCUCCCUUCCUGAUCCUGCGCUGUGCCAUCUCCAUUAAAUCUUACAUCGCUGACCAGCCGCUGCGUGGUCUGAUGCCACAGCCCACAUCUGCACGGCGAGAGCUGCUCCAUCUCCUGCACCACCUACUCGAGCUGAACAGCGAACCAGCCGCGAUCCCAGACGCCCCCGCCUUCUCUCCCCCUUCUCAAUCCUCAUCUCCAAGAGCUAGUCAGAAGAAACACCUCGGCUGGAUGUAUCCACUUGUUGUGAAAGCCAUCCAAGUAGCGGGGAAGGAGAGAGAAGACGGCAAAGUCCUCGAAGCGCUAGGUAAAAUUCUACAGGAAGUCAGCUUAGUAGAAGAGGAAGCAGCAGAUUCGGAGUAAAAUGGAGGAGAAAAAACAUGUGCGUGUGUGUAUGUGUGUGUAUGUGUGUGUAUGUCUGUCUGUCUUUGUAACAAAAAACAGGAGUAGAUCAAAGAAAGACGGCCUCGUUUUGUUCUUAUAAUGUAAUGAAGUGUGAAGC